AGCUGCAGUUCUUAGAAUCGUAAACAUGUUACAGCCAUUUGGUGUAUUUAAAUUGAUUUUAAUUUUAUAUUUUCUUAAAUUGAUUACAUGUAAUGGUUUGUGCUACACUUCAUAAUGCUUCGGAACCUUGAAACUACAAUGCUAGAUUUUUAUCCUCCAAAAUUGGAUGAACUUAGAGUUUAUACAUUAUUUUGCGAAGGUGUAAAGGGUUUAGAUUAUCAGGGUAGUAAAUUAAUCCAAGUGAGAGAUAAGGAAGCUGCAAAAAUUUAUAUUGAAACAGAUAAAGGUGCAUAUCGGCCGGGCGAUUUAUUACGUUUUCGUGUUGUAAUAUUGAAUGAGAAUGCCAAACCAAUGAAGAUUAGAGAACCAAUAAAAAUACAAAUAUUCGUAAGUAUUUCAAAAACUGUACGUACAUGUGAAUAUGAAUUAUUCCCCCAAAUUUUACAGGAUUCGCUUAAUAACCCUGUCAAACAAUUUAAAGACAUACGUCUGCACAAAGGCUUUUAUUCCGAUAACUUUCAAAUUUCGACAGAACCGAAUUUAGGCAACUGGACUUUAAAACUCCUUAUUGGAGGAAAAUAUGCUCUAGAAAAGAUAGCCGAAUUUGAGGUUAAUAAAUACGUACUGCCUAAAUUCAUAGUUCACAUAGAGAUGGAUGAACAUUUUGCGGAAGAAGAUCGUUAUAUAAAAAUCAAUGCCUAUAAAAAUCAAUACCUACAACAAAUAUGUAGAGGGAAAAGUAAAUUUGAUCUUAAAACAAAGUGAAUUUGACGGGAUGUUUUCAAAUACAUCUGUCAUUGUUGAUGGCAAAGCAAAAUUUGUUAUAGAUAUAGAAGAUUUGAUUGGAUUACAGGAUGCACUAAUUGUUAACGCUACGCUAACGGAAGCCCAAACAAAUAUCGCUGAAUACACUUCCAUUAAAAUUUAUAUCCAAAAGCAUAAGUAUAGUAUUACUGCAUCCGAAGAUGAGAUUGAAUUUCUGAAUGAAAUACCUUACAGAAUAAAGGCAAAAGUACAGCAUUUGAAUGGCACUAUAGUUAAAGAUCUGGAAACGACUGUAGUUAUGAAACAUGGUCCUAAGUGCUACGAAGCAAGAUUAGAUGACAAAGGAGUGACCACAUUUGAAUUUGAUUAUUCACAAAGUGAUGAUUUCACUUUUUCGUAUAAAAAUUCGACCGAUACAUUAUCAACAUUUCUAUCGUUCGUGUUAAAUAUACGAUCUCCUAAGUGUAGCUUGAGUGUGAAAAAUAAAGGAAAAAUAUGAAAAAAAU